CGCGCGGAACUGCGGGGUACUUCCCCCUACACUAUGAAAAGUUCAGAAGAACAAAGUCUUUAAAACCUUGAACUGCAUGCGCAGUUUCUCAUAGCCCAGCUCCCAUCAACUUCAGCGCACAAGUGGCCCCCUGUGGCUUGACUGAGUGUAAACUCUAAUUUCUAUGUUUAGAGUGGUCCUUCGCACCCGCUAGAAUUUUCUAGGAUACAUGGUUUGCAUAUCCAUCGAAGGAGUCUACAGUCGCGGAGGCUGAGUGUCACGAAAAUGGGUUUGAAACAGCCGUGAGUUUUGACAGCCACUGUCGUCUGCAACAACAACAUGAAUUCUAACGAUGAAACGUGUGAAGAUGAGUGGAAUGAACUUCACAGCCGCUUCUCCAAGGAAGGGCUGGACUACUCCUCCCUGUCCAUGGAGCAAAGAAUAUUACAUGUGUGGCGGUGGUUGGUGGACGCAGAAAGUAACUUACUCAGUUCAAGGCGAAUGCUCGACAAGCUACGAGAACAACAACAUGAAGAACUCGAGGAAAUGGAGUCUUACAUUGGACACAUCCGAGAGCUCGCUGAGAAGAGGACAGACCAUCUUGAAUCAGAAACUAUUUCUUUGCGAAACAAGUUGCACUUAACCCAACAACAAACAGCCACGUUAAACAAUCUCUUGCAGAGGAGUGGACUGGAAGGUCUCGAUGGUUUAGGAGAGGAAAGCAUUGGCGAGCAGGUUGCUUUCUUGGUGGCCGAUCAUCUCAAAUUAAUGGAAGAAGUUGAUGUCCUUAAAAAGAUAAAAUUUUCAAAUGGUGUUGGGAAGGAGUGUGAACUACUAUCUGAAAUGGUGAAGGUGACAUCAGAAAAAGAAGUCCUACGUCGGGAAGUUGGAGAUGCCACGGAGCGUUUGUCUCUUCUUGAAAAAGCGUCUAGACAGCUUCAGCUUGACAACGAACGGUUGGCAUUCAAGCUUUCUGAGGCUCUUGCUGAAUUGGAAGAGAGAGAAGCACAAUUGAAACAGCUAGGUGGGAGUGACCAUGGUGGAGAAGGCUUGAUGUGGAUAUCACCGCAGAGGUCCCAGCAAUGUGGCCGAAGUCAAUCCAUGUACACUGGGCUUUGUCAGAGAGAGCCCUCCAUGAGCAGUUUGCGUACUAUGACAAAUGAGGUUUCCGAAGACCGCGAAAGUUUGCCACGCAACCCUUCAGAAGCAAGCCUUCUUGACCAUGACCAAGAGCCCACUCCAAGACUAUCAAGAGCUGAUACUCGAAGUUUUGGAGCGGACUCAACUCCCCCAAGUUUGCUGCUUAGUGAACCCAAUACAAGCUGUGGUUCCCUCCGAAGAAUAUCAAGCUUGGUUGACACUCAACCUGUGGGCAACACAUCAGGCCCUUCGGCGGACUUGUGCCGCCUAGAUGAAGUAAAAUAUCUGCAGGUUGAGUAUAAUGCUUUGAAGGAACAGCAUGUUGCUUUAACUGAAAAAUACAACACUUUGGUAUUCAGACAUAUUCGAAACAAGACUAAGAGAAAGUCGCAGUUAGAAGAGCUCAGGAGACGCAUGGAUACAGCUGCAAGCUCAUCCAAUUGCCGCAUUGAGUCCCUGGAAUCACAGCUGGCUCUCCAAAAGAAAGCUCUUCUGGGGGAAGAAGUGUUCCGCAAGAGAGUUGAAUCAGAUUACCGACGGUUGCAGGAGGAAAAGCGCUCUCUGGUCAUCAGUGUCUUAAAUGCCGAGAGCUCUCUCAGAGCCAAGGAGAGAGAAAUUUUGACGCUGAAGAAAAAGGAAGAGUUCCUGGAAGGAACAACUGCAGAUCUGUUGGCAAGAGUACUUACCCUGAAGUACACAAAAAGUCCAUCAGAUAGGCCAGCUGCCAAACCUUCCUUUAUCCAAUCAUCUAAAACUGUCCCAAAUAUAUCAACGGUAGCAAAAAGCAGUGAGUCCCCUUCUGAGAGGAAAAGUCCCUUAGUCAUUGCAAAGCGGCAUAGUGUAACCAGUGUAACUGAUCUGGGGACUGUGUAAGUUCUCUUAAUUUACUUUAUCAAGAUAUUUUAUUUUCAAUAUAUUUUCCUGUGCCAGUG